AUGAUUGGCGAUUAUAAGUCGAAGGCCAUUGCGGCGCCUUCACUAUCCAAGGUUGCGACAGUAGCGCUUCUCGUCACAGCUGUGCAAGCCCACGACCACGAUGCAAGCCAUAUUCCUGAGGGCGAAACAGUCUCUUUGGAACCCUUAGAUACGGUAUUAUGGAUUCACAUCUUCAUUCAGAUGUUAGCGUACGGCGUUAUCUUCCCUGUCGGUAUGGUUUUGGGUAUGACCAAGAAUCGAUGGCACGUUCCGACCCAAGCCGUUGGCACCAUUCUCGCCAUUCUUGGCUUCUUCCUUGGUCAUGCGCAUAAGGGCCGCGAGUUCAUUCCGAAUCACGUUCAUGGCAAAUUUGCGCACAUUCUUCAGCUUCUCCUUGCCGCGCAGGUUGUUCUCGGACUCUACCUCAAAGGACAUUGGGAGAAAGGCAUCAAUGGUAGAAUUCGAAAGCUGAUCCGCCCGUGUCAUUCUUUCAUCGGCAAGCUCAUGCCAGUCCUGUCAUGGACACAGAUGAUCUUUGGUGGAAUCACAGCUCUUGGCUUUUGCCAGGGAGAUCAUACUGGACAAUGCGCCGCUCACUUUAUUAUGGGUGGUGCUUUCAUCGCCUACGGAAUUCUUCUCACCAUUAUCCUCGUUGUUGGCCAGCUCUGGAUCCGACGACAUGGUCGUUCGCAGGAGUUCUACGAUAGCGUUGCGAUUGCUGCAUGGGGCUGUGUUAACACAUUUACCGAGCAUCGCUGGGGAACCGACUGGGUCAAGAACGAUUGGCAACAUACGACAAUGGGAAUCAUCUGGUGGUGUGCUGGUUUGGCUGGUAUCUGGCUGAGCAAGGACCGUGACGGAAACCCCAAGCGCAACUUCAUCCCCGGCUUCGUUAUUUUCAUUACAGGCUGGGCCAUGUCUGCCCAUCCUCAGGAGCUGAUGGUCAGUGCAGCUACGCAUACAAUGUUUGGCUACACCCUUAUGGCCGUGGGCAUUACUCGUAUCAUUGAGAUUGCUUUUGUGCUCAGGGAUGCUCACUCCAUCUCAGAAGAUGGCCGAACUGCCAACAGCUUCCAGUUUGUUCCAGUUUUUUUCAUGUAUGCCGCUGGCUUCCUUUUCAUGGGCGCUACAGAGGAGCAAAUGAAUCUUGUUGCUGGCUCCGCUAUGGACCACGUUUCGUACAUCCUUAUUACCUACUCUCUCGCCUCGAUCAUGUUCCUCUUCGUCAACAUGCUCAUUGGUCUCUGGGACCGCCUUGCUCACCCUGCACUGGACACCAAGGAGCUCGGCAACAACCACUACGCCAACGGGCUCGGGGUGGAAGACGGUCAACUGCGGGAUGCUCAAGAAUUCGAGUUAGAUGGGUUGAUGAGCGACGACGAUGACGAUCCUAGUCGGAGAAUGCUCGGACCCAACAGCGAAGACAGCGCAGCUACUGUUGGACGAAACCAACAGACUCGUGCUUAA